UCUACAAUGCCGCGACAGAGACGACGGCAACAACAACGGUAACUGCAGCAGCAACGGCGGCGACAUCAACAACAGCGAGCACAAUGGCGGGCACGAUGACGAGCCCAGCGAAGGUUGGCGUAGGCGCCAUUAAGACUCAAUUUGACGACGAUGUGAGCAAAAUUAAUCAGAUCCUCACGGCCCGACUCGAGGCCCGGGAAUUUGCCCUGCUCUACACGUUGCUGUCGACCUUCAUCCCACAGCUCUGCGCUAGGUUCCCUGACCUGAAAGAGCACUUCUUUCCAACAUCGCCUUUUCGCGAUUAUUGCUCCUGGAGUAGAGAGCCUUUUGAUUUUGGUCCGCAUCACCACUCCGUCACAUGGCCCCGUCAGCUCUACCUCCGCCACCUCGUUGUCCUAGAUCUAGAAAAGCUGUGUACCCGUGCUCGGCAAAGUCGUGGGUCAUGUCAUGCAGGAAGAGCCCCUGUGGUGACUACAAGAAGGGAUGGUGUUUUUCAGCGACAGUUCACGCCCGAUCGCAGCAACCACAACUUGACAACAAUUGGAGUACUGGAUCAUCUACAGCGCGCACUCUUAAAUCAACCUGGUGCCGAUAGAAUUCAAAGUAUGAGGAUCCCGACACAUCGGAUGAGGACCUUCCAGCUGAGGCAGGAACGCGUACCCAGGGCCAGAGAGCGGAAGGGGCCGCCACCACUAUGGCAACCAUACUACCCGGAAGAUGAUGAAGAGGCUGUUGCUCCAUCCCUUGAGCCUAGCAAAAGUGCUCCUAUCGAAGAAUUAAAUCGACCUUACUGCUUCACCUUCAACAAACUGAUGCACCUACGCCGCUUCGAGGUUUGCGAUAUGACCGAGAACGAGUGCGACUGGGAGACCCUUGAUCGAGUACUUGCUACAUUGCGGUUUGGACACCAUCUUGGAAAGUCACAUACCGAGGCCGAGAAGACCGCCAGAGGCGAAAGUGUAGCUACUUGCCAACUGAAUAGAAUCCAGAUGUUUUCGCUCGAGACGCAAGCACCACUGACCUCUCAUUUCAGCAAAGUCCUGAGUCACUUUGAGCACCUCGAAGUUUUAGAACUUAAACCAGCCUGCUGCCAACGACCGUGGUUCGCUGAUUCACAUCCAAACCUACAUCGCACGCUCAGAGUCUUGAGGAUCGGCACGACUACCUUUUACCGGGAGCACACCGCUGCUUUUGAGCAUCUGGGUCAGUUUUUCAAUCUGGAAGAGCUACGGAUUGUCGUCAACAGUCCGCAUCAGUUUCAGUGGGUCGUCAACACGAAGAAACAAUUCCGGCUCGGUCAGCAGCAGAAGCAGCAGCAGCAGUGCCGUUCAGUAAACCAAGUCAAUCGUACAGGAGCCGGCCUUGGACCCGCACCAAUAACGUACAUCAGGGACCAAGACAAUCCUUUGCAGAAAUGUCUUCCAAAGCUCAAGAGGCUGGGAUGCUCGGUCGAAGGCGAUAACCAAUUCGUGAGCGUGAAUACGAUCAUUGACGCAUUUGGGGAUCAGCUUGAGGAGUUUGUCGUCCGUGUGUUGAAUUAUGCUGAGAGCUCCCGCUUCGAACAUCCAUUCAGCCAACUCCGCCGACUUGCACUCCGUGGCGAUUUUCUUUUUCGGUUCGAUUACGAGAGCCUUGCUGAGCAGUGUCCCACGCUCGAAAUGUUAGCUCUACAACACAACCGCUUCCUUCGAUCCGUUGCCGACGUUCAAGAUGAUGCAGCCAUGGUCGCAGCACUGGUGAAACUUACAAAGCUGCGGUGCCUGUACCUCGAAGGAUUAUGGCCCAUUGAUGAUAUUCAGCUACUCAAACUGGUGCAGGAGCGCCCGUCUCUGUACAAGAUCGGGAUCCAUUACUCCGAGAAUCUGACGUUUGCCGGAAUGGAACAACUCGACAGAAUACUGAGUGCUCGGGAGACAAAGUAUCCACUCAAACCCAAGGGCCUGUAUCGGCUGCCAGGCUACAUGUCGGAUUUCCUUGCGAAGGAUUACGUAUGGCGAACUACGUUUUUCGGCCAUGAAGACGACUGAUGCUCAACAUAGCCUAAACUCAAACAAAAUGAAAGC